UCGAAAGCUCGGGCUACGGUCACACUGCAUGCAUAUUUUGUAAUAAUUUUUGGUUAAAAAAAACAAUGGUGAUCGGCGUCUUCCCGGCGGCCAAGCUUGGUGUCUUGGCCAUCAAACAGAUCAGCAAGCCGAUAGCCAAUGUGAUCAAGUCCAACGCCAAGUCGAGUCCCUUCUUCAGGAAGUAUAUAUGCAUGCCGCCGGCGCAGUUCUACAAUUGGGUGGAGGUGAAGACCAAGAUGUGGGCCCUGAACAUGGGCGGACGAGUUAAUGUGCCACCGUUGAACGAGGCGAUGGCCAUUGAGCUGGGAGCUAAUCUGCUGGGGGAGUUCAUCAUCUUCACUAUCGGAGCCGGUCUGCUUAUUUUCGAGUACUCACGUCAAACCAUCAAGGAGAACAAGAAGAACGAAAUGAUGCAGGCGGAGAAGAUGGAGCUGACCAACAUGCUGACGGAGAUGAACUUCCGUUUGGAGCGACAGGAUGCCCAGAUUCGUGAAAUGACGCGUGUGCUGGCUGACCUAGAUUCCCGAAACAUUUUCCGUUGGCACAAGGAACCCAUUCUGGAGUAUGUCCCCUUUGAUCCUAACACGCCGGAUCAGAGCGCGGGUGCCAGAAACCAAAAGACCUAUGAAGGCUUUUAUGACCCUUUCGGUGGCAUGGCUUUCCGUGCCUUGAACUACCUGGAGACAGAGAUCUUCGUAGACGGUCGCAAUCGCAAGGCAAAGGAGGCACUUAAGCACCUGGACGAGGUGGCCGUGCAACUAGAGCAGUCGCUUGGCGAAGCAGCCACCGCUGCAAGCUCACUGCCAUUGAAAGCCGAGGUAUGACCCAACCGAAGGCUGGAGCAGGAUGUGGCCCUGCUCAUGUUCGCAGUGGCCAUGGAGGAACAGUAAGUGCUUUUCUCUCUUUGGGGAGAGAGCGGCUUGUACACAUUCAUCUUGCAGACCAUUUCAUCAGUGCUAGUUAUGAUCAAAUCGCGUGUUAUUCAUUACGUACUUCAUAAGUUUAACAGUCAAUAGGUGUAUUUAACUAUUGUACAUUUGUAGUUGUAUUU